AUGUCUUCAGCUUCUUCCUUCUCGUCUCCUGGCAAUCUGUUUUGUUACUGUGGUUUGACAGCUCAACUACGUACAUCAAAGACUCCAACAAAUCCUGGUAAGAAAUUUCAUGGUUGCAAGAAUUGGCAGGAUGGGGGUUGUAAGUUCUUUAAAUGGGAGGAUGAACCAGAUAGCUCGAACAAUCAGAUUCUGGCCAAUGAAAUGAUUGAACUCAGGAACAAGAUGCUAUUGCUUGAAGCCGAGAACAAAAAAAUCAUGGAGAGUGUUGAACUCCAAUUUCAUCAUGCGCAGGACAUUUAUGUUGAAGAAUUUUCCAAAAUUCGACAAAAUAUCUGGAAGCUCGAAGUGUUUGUUGCUGCAACAUGGGUUCUGUUCAUCAUUUUUAAAGUUGCCAUGUGUAUCUACAGAUGGAAAAAGACUACUAAUGGAGGUGUACUUUUGGCCACAUCUUUGAAUAUCUCCUUUAGUCUUGAAUCUCUUACAGUUAGGCAGCUCUCCUCACUUGGUAGAGCAGGGGCAGGUAAAGCAAGGGCAGGUGGAGCAGCAAAUUUAAACCACUUUGUUAGAGCAGAGGCAUGUGGAGCAGCAGGUUUGAAGCACUUUGUUGGAGCAGGGGCAAUUGCAGUAGAGGCAACAGGGGCAACAGGGAGCAACAGGGACAACUUGGAAGCGGAGAACGGAGGCGACGCUGGAGUUCUCGGGCUGUACGACGUCGCGCGAGGUGUUGACAAGCUAGCCGAUUUCAUGAGCAGGUCCGCCGUUUUUAACUACCGGAAAAAUACAAGGUUGAAAAGUUCCGGCGGGAUCGACGCUAGGGUGACGACAACGUUGUCGGCGCCACUGUCACUUCGCCUCCGCCAUCCGCACCAGCCUGCCUUGUCGUCUCCGCAUUCCGGCCACAGAUGUCCACCAGUCCACACGCACACACAGAGUCCUCCGACGACCACCAUGACCACCGCCGGUAGCAGACGUUUGUCGCAGCCAUCAACAUUUUUUCCCCCGCCUGUCUCCAUACCACCAUCACCAGAUCCUCCUCAGCAUUCCGCCACAGCUGUUGUCAGUAUUUUAACCGGAGUAGAAUCGAAAGAUUUGUUCCCCGGGUCGUAUCGCAAGGAAGUUUUCCCCGCGAGGCGCGACACACUCGCGAGUCGCGACACAACUCGCGAGUCGCGAGACGACUCGCGAGUCGCGACUCAUUCUGCGCAUUGUUUCUGUCCGUUUUUCGGUCCUCUUCGUCGUUUUCUUGGCUCGGCCAAUGGGAAUUCUCGAUACCACGGUCUCGGCUCAAGCAGUUCCAUCCUCGACCGACACAACCUACCUCCUGAAAACACAAACCAGAUACGCAUCUCACACACAUGCAUGACCACACAAAGUGUGCCGGCCGACGAGAGUGGUUCCGUCGCAGCCACAUGGAAUGACUCGGGGAUGGUAUUUCAGAGGAAGGAAGGUCAGGAUAGGGCCGACGAGAGGUGGCAGCCGACGAGAGGUGGCAGCCGGCAAGAAGCAACAGCCGUCGAGAAGGGAGUGAGAAUGGUGACAACGGAGGUUGUGUAUUGA